GAAAAACUGGCGUUCUUGCAGAGGAUUUCUUUCGGGCUAUCUGGUAACCAAAGCACCUAAUAUGGACGUCCACCCAGUAAUGCUAUUCAUCGUGGCACUUGGCAGGCGCUACAUCAGGUUUAUCAUGCCAAUGGCCGCGCUCCUGGGCUUCGUAUUCCUCAUCCCAGCCUUGGUGGACGGACCCGUGCUGCACGACUACUGGCCGCUCUUCCAGAAGCCCUGUGACAAGAGCUGGUGGAAGAUAUUCACCAUGUCCCAAAACUACAUGGAUGACUUCAAGGACUUGUGUAUGCCCCACUACUGGUACCUCUCAGUCGACUACCAGCUUGCCAUCGUCAGCACCAUAAUCCUGAUUUUCAUCACACCUAAAUGGCCCAAGGGAGCCCUGUGGAUCAUGGGACUUAUCGUUGCUGCCACUUGCCUGACAACCGGCAUUCAGAUUUACGUCAAUGACUACGCGCCGUUCAACAUCGUAUUUACCACGAACGUACGGCAGCUUAUCGAUUCGGCGAUGAACAUCUAUGUCAAGGCGUACACGCACGCGCCGCCGCUGUUUGUGGGCAUGAUCUUCGGCUGCCUGGCCGUAAGGAGGCACCAGCUGUCACGGAAGGUGCAGGCUGCUGCGUGGGUUUUGGCUGUCACAGUGUCCCUGGCCGCGCUGCUGGGCGUACGCAGCUGGUUCGUGGGCCGCCAGCCGGAGAGGCUCGAGUCGGCCUUUUACGGGGGCCUGCACCGCGUUUCUUGGGGCUUGAGCGUCGGCUGGGUUAUGUACGCUUGUGCCACAGGCCGCGGAGGUUUCGUCACGAAGAUCCUCGCCUGGCCCAUCAUGUACCCACUGGGAAGGCUAUCGUUUUCAGUCUACCUGGUCCACAUCCUCCUCAUGGCCGUCAAUGCUAUUCUCAGCCGGGAGCACGUCACGCAGCAGCCUUUUCUGCAGGCUCAAAUAUACAUCUCCCAAGUCAUCAUGUCCUACGCCCUGGGAGCUAUCGUCUACCUCCUCAUUGAAUGUCCCGUGGCCGGCCUGGACAAUGAGUUCUUCCGGAGAUUCCUGCCCCUGGAAGGGCUGAGGAGUGACAACACCAAGUACAAUAACGACGCCCAAGAAAUGAAGGCUGUCCAAGUCGCCACCGGGAAUGUUGCCACCAAAAAACAGGACGUGGGGUUAUUCAAGCAUGAACUUUCCAACGGCUUUCACGACGUCAUAAAGAACGGUUGCAAUGGAAGCCAUCCCAAUGGCUACGUCAACAGCGCUUGUGAAUACGAUCUCAGCGAGAAAGACACUGCGGCCAAUGGCGCCAUCGUUUCAGUGAAAUUCUGAGGACACGUUGCGUAUCUAGCUACUGAAAUGUGUACAUAGUCCUGCACGUGUUUAUUUUCCUUGUUUCUGUAGCUGUUGUGUUUAUAGAAUUGUGAAGGUUUAAAGCAGGUUAUUUUUCUAAAGCCGUAUCCACGGCAAUGAAGCCAUCCGACGCUGCAGCACGUAGUGGUUUAAAUUUUUAUAGUUUGUACAUGUGUGCUGUGUUUAUUGUAGUUGAUGUGGUUAUGCACCUCCAUAAUUUUAUGCAGGGAUGUUUCUUUUUUCCUCUUUAUCCGUCAAGUGCGAGUCUUUCACCUGUUUUGAAGAAAAAUUCCUUCUCUUCAGGCUCGUUGUUUCACUUUUUCUUGCUUCUCUCUCUUUAUUUCUCUGUCUCUCAUUCGAUUCACAGCAGCAGCAUGAUCAUUGACAUGGUUACGGCGCGUUAGAUGGCAGCUAACUCAUUCACGCCACCUUGUCGCUCUUCUCCGAGAUUAAGUGCGAAAUGACGCGCACUAAGUUUUGCCAUUCAACGCACAUUUCUGUAUUUUCGCUCCUCCGCGUGCAGUGAAUAUAUCCUGCUAAGGAGAGCCAAUCCGUUUUCGGGUCACGUUCGAAGUAAAUUAUUGCACAAGAUUUCUCAGAAAGCUACGCACGUUUACAAAAAUAUCUCGAAAGAUGGUUUGUCAAGUUCCAAGGAAAGAGAUGGUUCAAUGUUUCAUGAAAUCGUUAUUUGGUUGCCCGGGCCGAUUAACUACUAGAUAUAGGUUCGUGCGGUACCCUCAGGGAGUGGAAGGAAGACGUGCGUGUUUAGCAAGAUCUUGCAUUCUUUUUUAACAGCGAAGCUGUACUAGCUAACCGUAAAAAGUGGCGCCUGCUGUCGCAAAACCUCGCCGAGCUAUGACGUCACUGCGUUGCCUAGCAACCACCUCGCGAAGUGGCGUGUGCCUUGCCUCCUCUCCGUGCCGAGCACAUGUUGCCUUGACAUUGAGAGGGAAGGAGAGCAUGCGCGCGGCGCGCGCAAUGCUCGGGAGAGGGAAAGAGAAAAUGAGAGCGAGAUAGAGGGUGAAAGAACUUGUUGCAGCACCAACGAGGCAACGCGCAGAGCUGCUGCCGACACCGCCCGCGUUGCCUAGCCGUGCAUGCGCCGAAGCACUAGCGAUGACGUCACCUCGCGUUGCCUAGUAACCGCCGGCGCAGGUGCGCGCUCGCUUCGCCCGACACAGACACGGCUCCUGCUCGCCUGCCUGCGUUUGUGGCAUGCCAGGAACGCUGUCGCUCGUAGGCGCCGACGAGUCCAGCGCUGGUCACGCGAAAUGUCGCGAAAGGGAAGGUACCUCCGAAAAUUAUCGCUCGAGAAUACCAGCCCUACAUGCGCAGUUAACUUAAACCAAGUUAAGACCUAGCAGUAACCAAGUUAAUAUCUAGCAGUAGCAGCCAGUUAAGACUUGAGGAUUAACACUUUCGCUGUGCCUAAGCUUUGCACGACCGAGUGCAAACUUGCCCGCUUUUUUUUUCUUUCUUUCUUUUUUUAGAUCCUCAGAACGCGAUUCAUUGACACGCGCGUCUCCCUCAGAAUGCACCGCGUGGGGAAAACCUCCGUAUGUCUCGCCUGUCUGAAAGCAAACAGUUUUUAAACGUGGUCGACCAUCCGAUGACGUUUUUCUUUCAAGCGUUCAAAGCGGGCUGACCAAGGGUCUCCACGAGCGUAAAAGGACAUUUUAUGCUUGCCGUUACGCCAGCGAGCCGCGUCCUUCCUUAAACGAGCACCGGAGACCUUCGGUCACGCGACGUUGUCUGUCUUCCUUACUACUGCUCUUAGGUCCAGGCGAUCGCUCUCGGUCGUCUUGUACCGCGAUGUCGAGAGGUAGUAAGAAAAACAACGCUUCCAUCGGGAUCUAAUUGUCUCUGGGAACGCAGGCACGUCAUUGUGAGGCAACGGUAGCGAUUGAAAGUUACUGGAAUGAAUCGCGAGCAUGCGCCUUCAGUGUGCCAGAACGCUCCACCGCACCUUUUGUGUUCGAUGCUUUGAAUAUUUUGAAGGACGUGCAAAGAAAGGAAACAGCGAUCCUGGGAAUAAUAUUUACGCCGUGUUUGUGCGUCUCCGGCUCAGUAGGCGUGGGAGGCUCAUUAUACAGUUCGCGCUUUGCCCUAGCACAUAUAGAAGUGCGCUGAGUGUCCAAGCGCUCGUAUGUCAGCUGUAUGCGAGUAGCGUUUCAUUGCGUGAUGAUUCGAUGCGUGGUUAGCACCUAUAUAGCUGAGCAGUAUAACGGCGUUUUUGCAGCUAGAGCUUCAGUGACGCAAACGUGACACCGAAAUACCCGAACCUUUGUUAAAAGAUGCUGCCAUCGAGCAUUAAAGGGACACUAAAUACGCCCAUAGGGAAGAUUUUAGGUUGAUAAACCAUUCAUCCGAAUCCGUAUUUUCAUUUGUACGACGGAGCAUUGUUUAAUACAACUGGAGAAAAUGGCAAACUUUAGCUUUUUAAUAUCGUACUGAAACCUCGGCGCCGAAAUCAUGUUUUUAUUUUCCUUUUUUCUUUCCUUUUUUUGUAGUACUUCUUCGUAUUUGGCCUAUCUUGUGCGCAAAAAGAAUUAUCGAAAUUUGCGAAGUUGAGUUUUGUUUCUUUUAGGAUUCAAUACAGUUCUUAUUUAUUAAUAAACAAUAACUACCUCUCGACUGACGUCGUAAUAAUCCAUGACGUGGUGAGAUGGUGCGAGAACUUCAUGGUAGCGUCGCCAUCCGCCUUGGCUAUCGCUGUUUUUUUUCUGUUUUCCGGGAGGGGGGGGGGGGGGGGGGGGCAGACGUCUUGCAGAGAGUUCCUUCACAAGUAGAGCAGCCGUGUUUGAUAUUCUGGAAGGUGUAAUUUACUAGUGCAGCUUAAGGAAAUAUUUCUCUUGAAGGUCCCACUGUGGUGAAUGAAGCGCCCGCGAAUAUAUCCGAAGAAACUCGUGAAUGCUGCAGUGACAAAGUGUUUCCAGUGUGGAGGGUGAACCUCGAUGAAACUUGUGGCCUUCGAAGCCACUGCCCUGCUAAACCUUACGAGAUACGGUCUCCCAUGACUUCUCUAGACUUUUUCUUUUGUGUGUGUGUGUGUGUGUGUGUGUGUGUGUGUGUGUGUGUGUGUGUGUGUGUGUGUGUGUGUGUGUGUGUGUGUGUGUGUGAGUGUGUGUGUGUGUGUGUGUGUGUGUGUGUGUGUGUGUGUGUGUGUGUGUGUGUGUGUGUGUGUGUGUGUGUGUGUGUGUGUGUGUGUGUGUGUGUGUGUGUGUGUGUGUGUGUGUGUGUGUGUGUGUGUGUGUGUGUGCGCGCGUGUGUGUGUGUGUGUGUGUGUGUGUGUGUGUGUGUGUGUGUGUGUGUGUGUGUGUGUGUGUGUGUGUGUGUGUGUGUGUGUGUGUGUGUGUGUUGGCUCUGACAUAGUAGAAACACAUUUCACAGUAGCGAACGCUCGCUCAGAGGUGUCAAUUGUAAGGCCAAAUGUUUUAGCAUAAAACCACCGUUCUGAGAUGCCAUAUAUAAUGCCGCAGCCGCACGCCACAGAAUAGCGAGCUGCCGCUAUUUGCGUAAUUUAUCAAAGACAGUCGUAGACAGCGGCGAGGAAGCCCACCGUUCUACCUCCCCGCUGUGUACACCUGGUUUUAGCGCGUUUGGGUGUUUGUCCUUGUGUGCGUAUACGUGUGUGUGUGCUACUGAAGUGUGUUGUUGCAAAAUCCGGUGGUGACAGUGCUGUUGUCUUGAUGUUACUCUUUGAACGAGAGGUAUAGGAAAGCUGAGAAGAGUGACAUAUUGAACUGGGGGCACGCAAGCCCAACCUAGCACAGCUUUAAUGCGGAAUUGAAAGUUCAUGAACUGCGUGUGCUAACUAUGGACGUGGUUUCGAGCUCUCCAACCAUCCGAUAUGCACGCGAAUGUGCGAGAUGUGCAGCUCGCGGUGAGGGUAGUGAUAGUGAACAAUAUGUGCUGUGAACCGUUUAUAACGUCAACGAUGUUUACAUGUACAGUGUACAAUAAAACUUUUGUUUCC